GCUGUCGGCUGGCCGCGCCUGGCGCCAUCGGCACGCGACUGCCCGCGCCUGCGGCUUCCGGUGUCGCGUUGGCCACGGCGGGGGGGAGGAGCGGCUCCGCGCAUGCGCAGAGCGGCCGGACCGGGAGCGCCGGGGGCGCCGCCGUUGUCAUGACCAACGUUUACUCUCUAGACGGGCUGCUGGUGUUCGGGCUGCUGCUGGUCUGCACCUGCGCGUACCUGCGCAAGGUGCCGCGGCUCAAGGCCUGGCUGCUCUCCGAGAAACGCGGCGUCUGGGGCGUCUUCUACAAGGCCGCUGUCAUCGGCACCCGCCUGCACGUUGCCGUGGCUGUGUCCUGUGUCCUCAUGGCUUUCUACGUCCUGGUGGUGAAGUGACCGUGCGGGGACACCACCCGAGACUCCGGUACCGACCCCACCCGCCCCACCACCAGCCUGGACCCCGCCUGCAGUGGCCCUGGGGACCUGCCAUGGCCCAACACUCCACCUAAACCCACCAUGUCCCCCUCGGCGGGGCUGGGCGGCGCUGAGUGCCACUGGGAAGCUUUGGUGUCACCGGACAGCACUGGGUGUCACCAGGCCACCCUUCAGCUGUGGGAAAAGAAGUUUCUGGGCGUGCGAGGGGCUCAGUGGGUGGGGAGAUCCGUGUGCAGCCCCCCGGUGACAGGGGCGAUCCGGCUGUGCCCCGUGGACGUUCUUCUGGCGCCAAACGCCGUGUCCUGGCAGGGGUCAGAGCGAGUUCCCGCUGCGGGGAUCUGGGGGGGUGGGGGCGGACAGGGCCUCCCCUCACCAGAGGGGUUCCCCGCUGCCCCAGGAGCGUGUAGGGUCCCCCAGUGGGGGUGUCUCCCCUGGAGCUGGGGGGUUUGUACACCCCCAGUUUGUAAAUGCUGGACCACAAUGUGUAAAUAAAGUGGGGGUUCCCCUGUGGGCGGCUGUG